GCUGUACCUGGAACUUCAAAAGAGGAAGAAGGCGGAGGGGACAAACCUAAAGAAAUGGUUACUUUUAAAGUGGUAUAUAACAAACAGAAACAAGAUGUGACAUACGAUCUCGACUCAACUAUAUUAGACCUGAAAAAAAGUAUAGAAACAAAAAUAGGUAUGUUUUAUUACAGAGUUCAAUAUACUUGUACUUGCAAUUCACGCGUAGCUAGGCAAGGUGUGUCCAAUUCCAGUCAAUCAGAACAUGCUAUUUCGUAUAACUGUAUUGCAUUAUAUAACCAACAUUACAACCCAACCAAGGUCAUUUUUAGAUUCUUAUGAAACUAAAAGCUGAUCAGUUUCUAAGUUGAGCAAAAAUCUAUAAAUAGGAUCAUAAGUAAUAAGAAGCCAAGUGGUUAUGCAGG